AUGGCCGCGCGGCGCCCCGGAUCCCCCGCCUCCAGAUGGCUGCCCCCCUCCACGCUCCUCCUCCUGGCCGCCGUCCUCUUCGCGGCCUCCCCGUCGGCGCGCGCCCUCCGGUUCGACCUCGAGUCCGGCCACACCAAGUGCAUCUCCGACGAGAUCAAGGUCGACUCCAUGGCCGUCGGCAAGUACAGCGUCGUCGCCCCCGACUCCAGCUACCCCGACGCCCAGCUCCCCGAGUCGCACCGCGUCUCCCUCAGGGUGACGUCGCCGUACGGGAACAGCAUGCACUACUCCGAGAACGUGCAGUCGGGGCACUUCGCCUUCACGGCGGUGGAGGCCGGGGACUACCUGGCCUGCUUCUGGGCGCCUGACCACAAGCCGCCCGUCACCGUCACCUUCGAGUUCGACUGGAAGAGCGGCGUCAUGGCCAAGGACUGGUCCAACGUCGCCAAGAAAGGCAAGGUCGAUAUGAUGGAACUAGAGCUGAAGAAGCUAGAGGAUACCAUCAAAUCUAUCCAUGAAGAAAUGUUUUAUCUACGUGAAAGGGAGGAGGAAAUGCAGAACAUCAACAGGCAGACAAGCUCGAGGAUGGGGUGGCUGAGUUUCCUCUCGCUCGGCAUCUGCUUAUCCGUGGCAGGGCUGCAGCUGUGGCAUCUGAAGACCUUUUUCGAGAGAAAGAAGCUGCUGUAG